CUGGCCUUUCGCCUGCAAACCUUGUUCCUCCUCUGCGGCCUCGCCGGACUCUGGUCCGGAGCUUGGCCCAAAGCCGUGGAGAAAGUAAAAGGCAACGGGUGCCCCAAAGACUGGACUUGCUUGGAGUGCAACUGUUACAUCUACCAGGACGAGGCCAGGAGCUUUGCAGAUGCCGAGAGCGUCUGCAACAUUCUGGGUGGGAACCUGGUGUCCAUCCACAACGCCCUGGAGAAUUUUUUCGUUCAUGAACUGAUUCUAGCAAACACCAGCCCGAACGACACCUGGAUUGGACUCCAUGAUGCCAUUAAUGAAGACAACAACUUCAUUUGGACCGACGGCACACCGGAAGAUUUCCUAGCUUUCACCAGCUGGGAGCCCGACAGCACCGGCAACUGCAUCCAGAUCAAUCAAAGCGAUGGAUGUUGGGAGGACAUGGUCUGCACGGAUGAGUUUCCGUACGUUUGCAUAAGAGAGACAUCCGUGUGGUGAGCGCUGGCGGCCCCACCUCGCAGGCUUCGCCUCACCUCGGCGCUGCCCGAGAGCAAACGUUAGCAGUGUCUUUGAUUUUCCAGCUUGGCUUCUUUUCUCUUUCAUUUUGUUUCCCCCAAAAAGUACAGCUAAAAGCAACUUUCUAAUAAAACAAGGGACCUGUCUGCAUUCAAAUGGGAACGUUUGUGUAUUACCGUAGAUUUAGACUAUAAGACGUGACUUUUUUCUCAAAUUUUGAACUCUUCGGUUUAUAGUCCGGUGCGGUUUAUAUGGGAUUUUUUCCGUAGUUUUUGUGAUGACUUGAUCACUUUUAUACACUCGUAAAAAGGCUGUGGACCGCUGUUGUGCGGCACCGCUUUGCUGGGCAGAGGGAUAUAUGACACGGUCACUGGGGAGAAAAGUGGUGUGUUGAUUGCAUGUCCAUCCGGCAGGCAAAUAGUGCCGUAUAAUUCACACAAAGAAGAGACCGAACAAGAUCAAGACAGACAUUAGUGAAAGGAAGCUUUAAC